AUGCAUCCGAGCAAAUCCUCUACCCCUCUCGAGACACUGCCACCGCUUAUAGAUAAGCAGUCACUCAUGGAGAAGUUGGAGCUGAUACCAGCAGAAAUGCUUCGCAGUAUAUUGACCAAUCAAGUGGACCUUGAGAUCCGUCUAAAACACAAAGAACUCAAGCUAUCAGAAGAAGAAAUCGGGAAAUGUGAGGCCCAGAUGCUUGCGCUCAGACAGUUCUUUGAAGUGCCAAACGAGCUCUCUUUCCGCAACGAACCAAAUGAUUUCACGCUCAAAUACUACGAUAUACUCAAUCGCUCGCUCUCGGUUAAUUACACAAAACUACAGCAACAGCAGUACACACAGAAUAAGCCAUCUAUAAGCCUGCAGUUUAUUGAGACAGAAUCGGUGGAGCCAGCACAUUCAUAUCGGACAAGAUCGACGACUUCCUCCCUCCGUCCCUCCAUUGGCGGACUGAGUCUUCGUGUUGCUGGAUGCAUCUACCGUCGAACAGAUGGAAUUAUUGUUCGUCUCACAUGUCCAGAUUGCCACAGAAGCAAUUUUUCAUCAGCACAGGGGUUCUUGAAUCACAACAGAAUAGCUCAUAACAAAGAAUUUGCAUCACAAGAUGAUGCUGCGUUGCGGUGUGGAGAGGUACUUCCAGACGCUUAUCAAGAUGAGGAGGGUCUCGCGAGUCUCUCAGUAUUGAAAGAAAAAUGUCUUGAUGGCUCCAGCAAUUUAAAUGUAAACGCGCUGUUCUUUGAUGGAUUUGUUAAGUCAAACACAGCGACACCAAUAGCCACACCCAAGCUGUCGGUAGUAGGACCAGAACAAACUCAGCGAAGGAAGUCAACAAGCGGUAGGACGCAUCUGAGAGCGAACAGCUUCCUUGGUAGCAGCAACGAUUUCAAAGGAGGAGAAUUACCUUACGGCCUGACGGAAGGCAGUAAGGAGCUCAUGAGUAAAUUGAUUAGUGGUGGCAUAGCACAGGAUUCAGAUCAGUACAAAGACCUCGUCGAAGAAUAUAGGCGCACAGUGCCCAACUCUCAUUUAUUCGACGAUGAAGAAGAGAUUAUUGAACUGGUGACAACAACUCCGACUGUAAAGCUUCACACACCUGUGGCCAGUAGGCCAACCCUGCGACCAAGCUCAGCGACAAUCGUGCCCACUGUACAGCAAGUUCAAGGGUUUGGAAGUACACAAUCAGGUUUAAAUUCUAACACUGACCAAGCGCAGCUCGGCGAAUCACAGGUGAAGCAAUCAUCUCAACACCCAGAAACAGGAGGAAAGUAUGAAAAUCGGUUACGAAGAAGACGGCCCAAGAGCGAUGCUUCUGAAUAUGGAAGAAACUACGAUGAGCUCAGCAGAAGAAAACGAAGAAGAUGA